GGCCGGCAGUCAGCUGAGCGCCGCUGGGCGGAGUCGAAAAGGUUCCCGACCGCUCGAGGCUCCCCGAGCGCCCGCCGCCGGUCGGCAUCCCGUCCGGAGUCCUCCCCCAGCGGGCACUAUGCCGAGGAAGCCGUGAGGAGCGAGGCGAGAGCGCGGGCGCCGGAACUGCUGCCAUGUCCUACCAGCCACUUAACUGCCUGACUGAAAAGGGGGACAGCCCAAAUGAAGCCACAGGAAAUGGACCCCCCAAUCUGCCUCACCCAAACCUGAACACGUUUACUCCAGAGGAGCUGCUGCAGCAGAUGAAAGAGCUCCUGACUGAGAACCAUCAGCUGAAAGAAGCCAUGAAGCUAAAUAACCAAGCUAUGAAAGGGCGAUUUCAGGAGCUCUCAGCCUGGACAGAGAAACAGAAGGAGGAACGCCAUUUUUUUGAGAUCCAGAGCAAAGAAGCCAAAGAGCGUCUAAUGGCUCUGAGUCAGGAAAAUGAAAAACUAAAGGAAGAACUUGGAGAACUAAAAGGGAAAACAGAAAGGUCAUUAGAGGAACCCACUGGGGACCCCAAGGUCCCCGAGGCAGAACAGGAAGUGGAACAGCUGAAGACCCAAGUGGCACGACUUCAAGCUGAAAAGGCCGAUCUGCUGGGCAUUGUGUCUGAAUUACAACUCAAGCUGAGCUCCGGAGGCCCCUCCGAAGACUCCUUUGUUGAAAUAAGGAUGGCUGAAGGAGAAGCAGAUGUGGCAGUGAAAGAAGUCAAGACGAGUCUUGGGCCCACGAGAAUUGACUCCAUUGACACGAGCAGAUCUGCAGAAGGUGCCAGGAGUUGUUUGGAAUCUGAGGAAUUAACUGUGCGCCAGCUCCUGCUUUGCCUGAGGGAAGGGACCCAGAAGGUGGAAAGGCUUGAAAAGGCACUGAAAGAAGCCAAAGGAAGAAUUUCAGAUUUUGAAAAGAAAGCCAAUAAUCAUUCUGAGAUGGAGACCCAGACAGAGGGGAACACAGAAGAAGAGGACGAGGAGGAGGAAGACACAGAAACUGUCGGAAGUGAAGUGGAAGCCUUGAACCUUCAGGUGACAACCCUGUUUAAGGAGCUUCAGGAGGCUCAUAUGAAACUCAGCGAAGCUGAGCUAAUGAAGAAGAGACUUCAAGAAAAAUGUCAGGCCCUUGAAAGGAAAAAUUCUGCAACCCCAUCAGAGCUGAAUGAAAAGCAAGAGCUUGUUUAUAAUAACAAAAAGUUAGAGCUACAAGUGGAAAGCAUGCGAUCAGAAAUCAAAAUGGAGCAAGCAAAAACAGAAGAGGAAAAGUCCAAAUUAGCCACUCUACAGCUGACACACAACAAACUUCUUCAAGAAUUCAGUAAUGCAUUGAAAACAGUUGAAGAAUUAAAACGGAAAGAGUCAGAAAAAGUAGAUAAGGUGGUGCUGCAGGACCUGAAUGAAAAACUGGAACUGGCAGAGAAGGCGCUGGCUUCCAAGCAGCUUCAGAUGGAUGAGAUGAAGCAGACCAUCGCCAAGCAGGAGGAGGACCUGGAAACCAUGACCGUUCUCAGGGCGCAGAUGGAGGUUUACUGCUCGGACUUUCAUGCUGAAAGAGCAGCAAGAGAGAAGAUUCAUGAAGAAAAAGAGCAACUGGCAUUGCAGCUGGCAAUUUUGCUGAAAGACAGUAAUGUUUUUGAAGAUGGAGGCAGUAGGCAGUCCUUGAUGGAAAUGCAGAGCCGUCACGGAGCCAGAACCAGUGACCCUGACCAACAGGACUACCUCGUUCAAAGAGGAGCUGAUGAUAGGAACUGGCAGCAACAGCAGCAGCAAAAUAUACCAAUUCAUUCUUGCCCCAAGUGUGGAGAAGUCCUGCCUGACAUAGAUACAUUACAAAUUCAUGUCAUGGACUGCAUCAUCUAAGUGGUGACAUUUCGCCUCCCCCAAACUGCUGGUAAAUGUCAGAUUUCUUUCCUCCAAGAGUUCUACUUUUGUGUUAUUUGUUUUCAUUCAAAUAUUUUGGCUCAUUAUGUUUGUUUUAGGAGAAAGAAAACCAGUAUGUUCCAUGUAGGACAUUUUUUGUGUGGAUUUCCAUAAAAUCGCAAAAUAGAAUUCUUAACAUACCAUUCUUCUGAUAAUAGAGUCAUUUCUUUAAAUGUUCAGUUUAGGUGAGCACUGAACUAUUUGUUCAUCUAGUUAAUGAGGGUAUGACAUCAUGGGACAUAAUAAAUGUAAUUAUAUGGAAGAAGUAUUACUGAUAAACUUUAAGUACCUUUUAAAUAGGCAGGAAAAAUGAUUGGUCACAGAUUUCUUCAAGAAAAAGAUCUCUGAAGUAUUUGUGAAAUAAAUUAUUAUAUUUCUUCAUCCAUUUAAGACAAACCUAUUUGGGUUGUGUAUAUAUGUGUAUGUUGUAGUUUUAUUGCAGCCACAGUUGUACCAAAGUUAUAAUGUGGCUUUUUUCAUAUGAGCACUGUGAGCUUUUACUUGGUCAUCAGGACAAAGGGAAAAUUUUUGGCCUAGAUGAAGUGGAUACAUUGGUUCACUGGAUUUGCUAUAACCACAGGGCAAGGAAGUCAUCUUUAUUCUUUCAUUGUGCUACAGGUAUGUGGACUUGUACAGUAGGAAGUUUAUUCAUUUCUAAAAAGAACCACUAUUUCUUCAUUCUCUUCCUAGAUUAGGCUAUAUAAUCACAAUCACAAAAAAGUUAUUGCAAAAUAAAAUUUUGCUUAUGAAUCUUUCACAUUGUUCAAAUGUGAUUAGCUCAUUUCAUAGGAUGCAUUUUCUGGAUUCAGCUUCAUAUAAGCUUAUUGCUUGAUUCAGAUCUGUUUUGUUAAUUCUAGAAGUAUGAGCAAAUCCCUUUACUAGAGACCAGUAUGUGUUGUUUGAAUUAGAAAAUGUUCUAGCUAAGGAGGUGAAAAUAUAGGGAUGUGCCAUAUUUUGUGAACCUAUAGUUAGUAACUAAUACUGGGCCUGCCAUAAAAGUAAACAAUAACCUAUGUAUCUAGAACCUAUAACAUUUAAGAGAAAAUUAAAAUAUAUCCUCUGUUUGGCUUUGUCAUAAGAAUCUCUCCUAGACAAACUUGAUUUAAUCCACAUAAAUACACACAUAUAUAGAAUCAAACAGGAAAUCAAAGAGAAAUCAAAAUAGUUCAUUAUGUCUUCAUGCCAAGAGAACACACUAUAAAUUCAAUAGCAAUUUAGAUUAAAAGAUUUUCCCACUUCAUCCCAGGGAGAAUGUUUGUUUAAAAACAUUUCUAAAAUUAACUAUGAAAAUUUUACUUUUAAUUUCUUGCUUAAGGCUUCUAGUUUAAUUUUUCCCCUACUAUUUUAUACUGGAGAAAAUAGAUUUCUAUAUUAUCUUAAAUAGAAAAGCAAACCAAAUGGUUUUACAUUUACGUUCUGGGGGAUACUCUUUUACUUUGUUCAAGUAAAAAUAUUAAGUUGGUCACAACUCCGAGAUACCUAGAAAUCCUCUAAACACCUGGAGAUUAAACAACACACCUGUAUAUAGUACACGGGUUGAGGAAGUCUCAAAAGAAAUUUAAACAAAUAAAAUUAAAACAUAACAUCAAUAUUUGGGGAAUGAAGCAAAAGCAAUGCUUAGCAGGAAACCUAUAGCUUUGAAUGCCUAUAUAGAAAAGAAGAAAGAUCUAAAAUCAAUAAUAUAAGCUUCCACUUUAAGUAACUAGAAAAAGAAUGGCAAAUUAAACACCAAAAAAGGGAGAAGAAAAUAAAUAAUAAAAAUUAGGGCAGAGCCCUAGCUGGUCUGGCUCAGUGGGUAGAGCAUUGACCUGUGGACUGAAGGGUCCCAGGUUCGAUUCCAGUCAAGGGCAUGUACCUUGGUUGCGGGCACAUCCCCAGUAGGGUGUGCAGGAGGCAGCUGAUCGAUGUUUCUCUCUCAUCGAUGUUUCUAACUCUCUAUCCCUCUCCCUUCCUCUCUGUAAAAAAAUCAAUAAAAUAUUUUUUAAAAAAUAAAAAAAUUAGGGCAGAAAUCAGUUAAAUUGAAACCAGGAAAUCAAUAGAGAAAAAUCAGUAAAACCAAAAACUGAUUCUCUGAAAUUAUCUAUAAAAUUGGCAAACAUCUAGCCAGGUUAACUGAAAAUAUAAGACACAAAUUACUAAUAUCACCAGCAGUGAACACUUGGAACUUGAAAUUAAAAAGCAGAGUAACAUUUAUAUUAGCACCAAAACGUGAAAUAGGUAUAAAUAUAAUAAAAUAUGUACAAGAUCUGAUGAAAAAACUCAAAGAGUAAGUGGAAAGAUAUUCCACGUUCACAUAAAGGGAGACUCAGUAUUGAGAUGUCAAUUCUUCCCACCCUGAUCUAUAGAUUCCACAUAAUCCCAAUCAAAAUCUCAAUGAGUUAUUUUGUAGAUAUCAACAAACUGAUUAUAAAAUUUAUACAGAGGCAAAAGAUUCAGAAUGGCCAACACAGUAUUGCAGGAGAAUAAAAUUGGAGGACACUACCAGAGUUCAAGAAAUACUAUAAAGUUAUAAUAAUCAAGAUAGCAUGAUGUUGGUGAAAGAAUAGACAAAUAUAUCAAAGGAACAGAAUAGCAAGCCCAGAAAUAGACGCAGAGAGUUCACUGGUCUUUGACAGAGGAGAAAAAGCAAAUUUAUGGAGAAAGGAUAGUAUUUUUAACAAAUGGUGCUGGCACAACUGGACAUCCAUGUGCAAAAGAAAAAAAAAACUGAAUCUAUACACAGACCUUACACCUUCUACAAAAACUAACUCAAGCCACAGACUGGGAAUAGAUCUUUAUAAAACAGAUAUCUGAUGAAGGACUUGUAUCCAAAAUAUACAAAGAACUCUCAAGAUUCAACAGUAAUAAAACAACCCAAUUUUUUAAAUGGGCAAAAAAUAGCAGGUACCUCACCAAAGAAAAUAUACAGAAGGCUCAUAAGCAUAUGAAAAGAUGCUCAAUAUUAUAUGUCAUUAGGGAAUUGCAAAUUAAAACAAGAUACUACCACACACUUAUUAAAUGGCUAAAAUCCAAAACAAUAACAACACCAAGUGCUGGCAAGGAUAUGGAACAACAGGAACUCUCAUUUAUUGUUGGUGGAAAUGCAAAAUAGUACUUUGGAAGACAGUUUGGCAAUUUCUUGGGAAACCAGGCAUGCAAUCCUUGGCAUUUACCCAAAUGAACUGAAAACUUAUUUCCACACAAAACUUGCACAUUAAUGUUUAUAAUAGCUUUACUCAUAAUUGCCAAAACUUGAAAGCAACCAAGAUGCCUUUCAAUAGGUAAAAGGAUAAACAAACUGUGGUACAUCCAGACAAUGGAAUAUUAUUCAGUGCUAAAAAGAAAUGAGCUAUGAAACCAUGGAAAGACAUAGUUUAAGGAGGAACCUUAAAUGCAUAUUGCUAAGUGAAAGAAGCCAAUCUGAAAAGGUUACAUACUGUAUGGUUCCAACUAUAUAACAUUCUUGAAAAGGCAAAACUAUAGAGACAGUAAAAGGAUUAGUGGUUGUCAAAAGUUGGGGGUUGGGGAGGAGGGGUGAAUAGGUAAGAGCACAAAGGAGUUUUAGGGCAGUUAAACUAUUCUGCAUGAAUGUAUAACAUAAAGAGUGAACCCUAAUGUAAACUAUGAACUUAGGUUAAUAAUAAUGUAUCAAUACUGUAAUAAUGUACAAUUAUAAUAAAUGUCCCAUACUAAUGCAAGAUGUUAAUAAUGGGAAAUUAUGUGUUGAAGGGACGAUAUGAGGACUCUCUAUUCUUUCCAAUUUUUCUG